AUGCCCCCAAAUCCUAAGGUGUGCGCAAGGAGAGGAAUAGACAGCUGCGGCCACUCUUACCCGGACAGACUGUCAGUGCCUGUGGAGAUCGAAUUGAGCCACACAGGACCCGCGCUCCUACUCUCUUUCGGAAGCACCAUGCCAAAGAAGGCAAACCCAUGCACAGCAUCCUGGGGCAUCGACGACGUGUCAAUUUACCUCCACUAA